GGAAAGUUGGUUAUUCGUUCUGACCAAUCAAUCCACUCGUGUAGCAACGCUGCUGCGGAGUGUGUACAGUGGAGAGGGACGAGGAAGCGAACAUAUUAGUCUAUAAGAUAAACGACGAGUUAUUUUUUCCAAUUUUAUACCCAAGGAGGUACUUCAGCUCAAACCAAGAACGAUGACUGGCUCGAACGAGUACAAACUGAACCAGGGACCAGAGGACAGUAUCUCUGCUGUUAAGUUCAGCCCCAGUACAGGCCAGUUCCUUCUAGUGUCCUCUUGGGACUGUACUGUCAGGCUCUACGAUGUGGGAGGCAACUCCAUGAGGAUCAAAUAUUCACACCUGGCACCUGUGCUGGAUUGUGCUUUCUAUGACCCUACACAUGCCUGGAGCGGAGGAUUGGACACGCAGUUGAAAACCCACGACUUGAAUACAGAUCAAGAUACAAUAGUUGGGACACACGAUGCCCCCAUUCGCUGUGUGGAAUACUGUCCCGAGGUCAACGUCAUGGUAACGGGUAGCUGGGACAGGUCAGUCAGGCUGUGGGACCCCAGGACCCCCUGCAACGCUGGCACCUUCACACAGCCUGAAAAGGUGUACACCCUCUCUGUGGCUGGAGAACGUCUGAUAGUGGGGACAGCAGGGAGAAGGGUGUUGGUCUGGGACCUGAGGAAUAUGGGUUAUGUCCAGCAGAGGAGAGAGUCCAGUCUGAAAUACCAGACACGAGCCAUCAGGGCCUUCCCUAACAAACAGGGCUAUGUCCUGAGCUCCAUAGAAGGACGUGUUGCUGUGGAGUACCUGGACCCCAGCCAAGAGGUGCAGAAGAAGAAGUACGCCUUCAAAUGCCACCGGCUGAAGGAGAACGGGAUUGAACAGGUCUAUCCCGUCAACGCCAUCUCCUUCCACAGUGUUCACAACACCUUCGCCACAGGUGGCUCAGACGGCUUUGUGAACAUCUGGGACCCGUUCAACAAGAAGCGUCUCUGUCAGUUCCACCGUUACCCGACGUCGAUCGCCUCCCUGGCCUUCAGUAACGACGGCUCCACGCUGGCCAUCGCCUCCUCCUACAUGCAAGAGCAGGGAGACAUCAGCCACCCGGAGGACACCAUCUUUAUCCGCCAGGUCACAGACGCAGAAACUAAGCCCAAAUGAAUCAGUCAGUCUCCUGAUCUGAUUCUCAACCGUACUGCCUCGGGUAGUUUUCACAUUGUCUCCUUUCAGCACUGUUCGCUACAACAACCAUGAUACAGGAUCUACCGCGUGGGGGAUCCAGGCCCAGUACGGCUCGGUUUGGCCCUAUAGCGUGAAGCAGAACAUCCAGUCCACAUCCCGGUGGUCUUGUCUGGACCGCCCCACUGCCACUCACACUUUUUUGGUACAUAUGAAUGGCAGCAUUGACAAGAAGCAGGCAGCUGGUAUUUAUCUGGCCAUCUAACUCUCUAAGUCUCUCUCCACCUUUUUCCAAUAUCCCAUAGUUGACAGACCGAUGAGGACUUGACAAAAUGGCGGCCUCCUGAUCUGUUCUCUAGCUUUCUCCACCUUUUCCAAUAUCCCAUAUAGCCUCCUGAUCUGUUUAUGUAUCUGGGUGUGUGGUUCCAGGACAGUCCUGAAGGCAGCUGAAUGGCUCCAUCUAUACAAUACAACCUUCGCUGACCUUUAUUCAUCUGCCUAUAUUUGUUGGAUUUAAAGUUGUUUUUUAAAAUGUUUUACUUUGACCAUUUAUUUGUACUUUAAAAAUUAAAUGUGUGCUUUAUUAACACA